CUUGAAGUUAGCAUACAACGACAAACACUUUCAAUUUGUCUUAGUGAAGAUGGCUCUGGUUUGUGUCGAGGACUUUGAGGAGAAGGCAUCCAGUCAGCUGGAGAAAAGUACAUUGGACUAUUAUAAGAGCGGGGCUGGAGAACAAUUCUCGCUGAAACUAAAUCGAGAGGCCUUCAGAAGAUUGCGCCUGCGUCCACGUUGUCUCCGCGAUGUCUCCCAGCCAGAUAUCAGCUGCCAGAUUCUGGGACAGCAACAAAAGUGGCCGGUGGGCAUUGCACCCACAGCAAUGCAGAAGAUGGCGCAUCCGGAUGGUGAAAUUGGCAACGCUCGCGCCGCUGGCAAAGCGGGCUCCAUAUUCAUUUUGAGCACGCUAUCGACAACAUCGCUAGAGGACCUAGCUGCCGGCGCACCAGACACCCACAAGUGGUUUCAGCUUUAUAUAUACAAAGAUCGCUCACUGACCAAGAAGUUAGUUCACCGUGCUGAGAAGGCCAAUUUCAAGGCAUUGGUGCUAACUAUUGAUGCUCCCAUUUUUGGACAUCGACGUUCGGAUGUGCGCAACAAAUUCAGUUUGCCAUCCCAUUUGAGUUUGGCCAACUUUCAAGGGGAGCAGGCGAAUGGAGUGGUCACCAUGGGUGGCUCUGGCAUUAAUGAAUAUGUUGUCAAUCAAUUCGAUCCUAGCAUCACCUGGAAGGACAUCAAUUGGCUAAAGCAACUAACCAGCUUACCGAUCAUCGUGAAGGGUGUGCUGACUGCCGAGGAUGCUGUCCUGGCCCGUGAAUUUGGCUGCGCUGGCAUUAUUGUGUCCAAUCAUGGUGCUCGACAAAUUGACACAGUGCCCGCCUCCAUCGAGGCACUCCCAGAGGUGGUCAAAGCAGUGGGCAAGGAUCUUCUGGUCAUGUUAGAUGGCGGCAUCAUGCAGGGCAACGAUAUAUUCAAAGCCUUAGCAUUGGGCGCCAAAACUGUUUUCAUUGGCCGUCCGGCUGUUUAUGGCCUGGCCUACAAUGGAGAGCGAGGCGUCGAGGAACUAUUGAGUGUGUUGCGAAAAGAUUUUGAAAUAACUAUGGCGCUGAUCGGCUGUCAAAAACUGAAGGAUAUUCAAUCGAAUAUGGUCGUACACGAAUCGUUCUAUUCCAAAAUAUAAUCUAAUACAACAGUCAAUCAAUUUAAAGCAAUACACUUUUUAAAUAAAUAAUCAAAACAAAA